AAAAAAAAAAAGAAGAAACUCUUGGAAAGCCGGGAGCAGCCGCCGGGGCCGGGGCCGGGGCCGCCUCCAUCGGAUCCCCGGGGGCAGCGGUGCAGGAAUUCAAGCUGGUUUUUUUGGUGGGGUUUUUUGGGGGUUUCCCCCCAUCGCAUCGCCUGUAGGAUCCUGGGGGUUUGGGGGCAUCCUUUAUUUGUGUUUUUUAUGCUGCUCCUGCUUUUGGGCGGCCGAGGCUCGCGCUCCCCCGCCGGCCGCCCGCGGCUCCCCCGGGGGCCCCCGGCGGGCAGGCGCCGGGCCAGGAGGAUGAUCGCGCCCUGGGUGACUUUCGCCCUGCUCUGCGGAACUUUGUGCGCAGGGCCAGGACAUGGAGAGGCAGAAACCAGAGAGUGCAUCUACUACAAUGCCAACUGGGAGCUGGAGAAGACUAAUCAGAGUGGCGUGGAGCGCUGUGAAGGGGAAAAGGACAAGCGCCUUCAUUGCUACGCUUCCUGGAGGAACAAUUCGGGCUCCAUUGAGUUGGUGAAGAAGGGUUGUUGGUUAGAUGACUUCAACUGCUAUGACAGGCAAGAAUGUGUAGCUACAGAAGAGAACCCUCAAGUGUUUUUCUGCUGCUGUGAGGGGAACUAUUGCAAUGAGAAAUUUACUCACUUACCUGAAGUAACUGGUCCAGAAGUAAUAUAUGAGCCGCCGCCGCCAACUCCCUCCCUGCUCAACAUCCUGGUUUACUCUCUGCUUCCAAUUGCUGUCCUAUCCAUGGCCAUCCUCUUGGCUUUCUGGAUGUACCGUCACCGCAAGCCCCCAUAUGGGCAUGUUGACAUUAAUGAGGAUCCUGGCCCACCGCCCCCUUCUCCGCUGGUUGGCCUUAAGCCUUUGCAAUUAUUGGAGAUCAAAGCUAGGGGACGCUUUGGCUGUGUCUGGAAGGCGCAGCUCAUGAAUGACUAUGUAGCAGUGAAAAUCUUCCCCAUACAGGAUAAGCAAUCUUGGCAGAGCGAGAGAGAGAUCUUCAGUACCCCCGGCAUGAAACAUGAAAACCUGUUGCAGUUCAUUGCAGCCGAGAAGCGGGGGACAAACCUGGAGACAGAGCUCUGGCUGAUCACAGCUUUCCAUGACAAGGGCUCUUUGACAGAUUACCUGAAGGGGAAUAUUAUCAGCUGGAAUGAACUCUGCCAUGUUGCAGAAACAAUGGCCCGUGGACUGUCAUACCUACAUGAAGAUGUCCCUUGGUGUAAAGGGGAAGGACACAAACCCGCCAUCGCACACAGGGACUUCAAGAGCAAAAAUGUGUUGCUGAAGAAUGACUUAACAGCAGUUCUAGCUGACUUUGGACUGGCCGUACGGUUUGAACCUGGAAAACCCCCAGGGGAUACCCACGGGCAGGUGGGAACAAGGAGGUACAUGGCUCCUGAGGUGCUAGAGGGGGCAAUCAACUUCCAGCGAGAUGCCUUCCUGAGAAUAGACAUGUAUGCAAUGGGACUAGUAUUGUGGGAGCUAGUCUCCAGGUGCAAAGCAGUCGAUGGUCCAGUGGAUGAAUAUAUGCUGCCUUUUGAAGAAGAAAUUGGUCAGCACCCAUCCCUUGAGGACCUGCAAGAAGUGGUAGUUCACAAGAAGAUGCGCCCUGUUUUCAAAGAUCACUGGCUGAAACACCCUGGUUUGGCGCAGCUGUGUGUGACAAUUGAAGAAUGCUGGGACCACGAUGCAGAGGCCCGACUCUCAGCAGGCUGUGUCGAAGAGCGUAUUUCUCAGAUCCGCAAAUCACUAAACGGCACUACCUCGGACUGCCUCGUUUCCAUCGUGACGUCCGUCACAAAUGUGGACUUGCCGCCCAAAGAGUCUAGUAUCUAAGUCCUGGUUCGCUUUUUUUUUCCAGACUCAGUGGAUUUAAAGAAAAAGCAAAAGUAAAAAAAAACAAAACAAAACAAAAACCCAACAAACACAUGAAUGCAGCUGCUAUUUUAUCUUGACUUUUUAUUAUUAUUAUUGUUAUUAUUAUUAUUUUUUUGGAUCGGAUCAUUUUUACCAGCACAUUGCUCUACUGUAUUAAAAAAAAAAAUGGACAUCUCAGCAAGCAUUCAGGCGCCGACUAAUGAAUGCAGAAAAGGUGCAGGUACCUCAGAACCUCAACAAACUCGCUUCAGUUUUUUUUUUAUUCAGUUUUCUGGGUUUCUCUUUAUUGGUCUGUCUUCUACACAGAGCAUCUGUGACGUAAAGGAAAACCACCUACCAUCUUAGAAAACACAAUGCUGCAAACUUUGGAGAAAACUUAAGACUGUUACAUAAGAUUACACCUUCCUCAAAAGGAUAUUUUCCCCUGUUUUAUUUUUCCCCCCCUUUCUUUCUUUCUUUUUUUUUUUUUUUUUUUUUUU